AUGGCUGCUAAACAAAUAAAUGAAGCCACUGAACAAGAGAGUCGCCGAAACCGGCCAGGAGAGUCGCCAAAACCAGCCAGGAGAAUCACCAAAACCGGCCAGGAGAGUCACCAAAACCGGCCAGGAGAGUCGCCAAAACCGGCCAGGAGAAUCACCAAAACGGGCAAGGAGUCACCAAAACCGGCCAGGAGAGUCACCAAAACCGGCCAGGAGAGUUGCCAAAACAGGCCAGGACAGUCGCCAAAACCGGCCAGGAGAGUCACCAAAACCGGCCAGGAGAGUUGCCAAAACCGGCCAGGAGAGUCGCCAAAACCGGCCAGGAGAGUCGCCAAAACCGGCCAGGAGAGUCACCAAAACCGGCCAGGAGAGUCACCAAAACCGGUCAGGAGAGUCGCCAAAACCGGCCAAGAAAGUCGCCAAAACCGGCCAGGAGAGUCACCAAAACCGGCCAGGAGAGUCACCAAAACCGGUCAGGAGAGUCGCCAAAACCGGCCAGGAGAGUCACCAAAACCGGCCAGGAGAGUCACCAAAACAGGCCAGGAGAGUCACCAAAACAGGCCAGGAGAGUCGCAAAAACCGGCCAGGAGAGUCGCCAAAACCGGCCAGGAGAGUCACCAAAACAGGCCAGUAGAGUCACCAAAACAGGCCAGGAGAGUCACCAAAACUGGCCAUGCGAGUCGCCAAAACCAGCCAGGAGAGUCGCCAAAACCGGCCAGGAGAGUCGCAAAAACCGGCCAGGAGAGUCAACAAAACCGCCAGGAGAGUCACCAAAACCGGCCAGGAGAGUCACCAAAACCGGCCAGGAGAGUCGCCAAAACCGCCAGGAGAGUCACCAAAACCGGCCAGGAGAGUCACCAAAACCGGCCAGGAGAGUCACCAAAACCGGCCAGGAGUCACCAAAACCGGCCAGGAGAGUCACCAAAACCGGCCAGGAGAGUCACCAAAAUCCGGCCAGGAGAGUCACCAAAACCGACCAGGAGAGUCAUCAAAACCGGCCAGGAGAGUCACCAAAAUCCGGCCAGGAGAGUCACCAAAAUCCGGCCAGGAGAGUCACCAAAACCGGCCAGGAGAGUCACCAAAACCGGCCAGGAGAGUCACCAAAACCGGCCAGGAGAGUCGCCAAAACCGGCCAGGAGAGUCACCAAAACCGGCCAGGAGAGUCGCCAAAACCGGCCAGGAGUCACCAAAACCGGCCAGGAGAGUCACCAAAACCGGCCAGGAGAGUCGCCAAAACCGGCCAGGAGUCACCAAAACCGGCCAGGAGAGUCGCCAAAACCGGCCAGGAGAGUCGCCAGUACCGGCCAGGAGAGUCACCAGUACCGGCCAGGAGUGUCGCCAAAACCGGCUAGGAGAGUCACCAGUACCGGCCAGGAGAGUCACCAGUACCGGCCAGGAGAGUCACCAGUACCAGCAAAGAGAGUCACCAGUACCGGCAAGGAGAGUCGCCAGUACCGGCCAGGAGAGUCGCCAGUACCGGCCAGGAGAGUCACCAGUACCGGCCAGGAGAGUCACCAGUACCGGCCAGGAGAGUCACCAGUACCGGCCAGGAGAGUCACCAGUACCGGCCAGGAGAGUCACCAGUACCGGCCAGGAGAGUCACCAGUACCGGCCAGGAGAGUCGCCAGUACCGGCCAGGAGAGUCACCAGUACCGGCCAGGAGAGUCACCAGUACCGGCCAGGAGAGUCACCAGUACCGGCCAGGAGAGUCGCCAGUACCGGCCAGGAGAGUCGCCAGUUCCGGCUAGGAGAGUCGCCAGUACCGGCCAGGAGAGUCGCCAGUACCGGCCAGGAGAGUCGCCAGUACCGGCCAGGAGAGUCGCCAGUACCGGCCAGGAGAGUCGCCAGUACCGGCCAGGAGAGUCGCCAGUACCGGCCAGGAGUGUCACCAGUACCGGCCAGGAGAGUCACCAGUACCGGCCAGGAGAGUCACCAGUACCGGCCAGGAGAGUCACCAGUACCGGCCAGGAGAGUCGCCAGUACCGGCCAGGAGAGUCACCAGUACCGGCCAGGAGAGUCGCCAGUACCGGCCAGGAGAGUCGCCAGUACCGGCCAGGAGAGUCACCAGUACCGGCCAGGAGAGUCCCCAAAACCGGCCAGGAGAGUCACCAAAACCGGCCAGGAGAGUCGCCAGUACCGGCCAGGAGAGUCACCAAAACUGGCCAGGAGAGUCGCCAGUACCGGCCAGGAGAGUCACCAAAACCGGCCAGGAGAGUCGCCAAAACCGACCAGGAGUGUCGCCAAAACCGGCCAGGAGAGUCGCCAGUACCGGCCAGGAGAGUCACCAGUACCGGCCAGGAGAGUCACCAGUACCGGCCAGGAGAGUCGCCAGUACCGGCCAGGAGAGUCACCAGUACCGGCCAGGAGAGUCGCCAAAGCCAGAAGUCAAAGAAGCUAAUUAACACCGACGAAAACUUUUCUUCUGUGAAAUUACAUCAAUAUUUUUUGUUGUGUGUCUGGGUGGACCCGACACGACGACGACCCCGAGACGACGACCCCGAGACGACGACCCCAAGACGACGACUCCGAGACGACGACCCGAGACGACGACUCCGAGACGACCUCCCGAGAAGACGACCCGACACGACGACCCCGAGACGACGACCCCGACACGACGACGACCAGAAACGACGACCAGAGACGACGACCCCGAGACGACCACCUGUGACGACGACUCAGAAACGACCACCCGAGAAGACGACCCGACACGACUACCCCGAGACGACGACUCCGAGACGACCACCCGAGACGACGACCAGUGACGACGACCCCAAAACGACGACCAGAGACGACGACCCCGAGACGACGACCCCGAGACGACGACCUCGAGACGACGACCCUGAGACGACGACCAGAGACGACGACCAGAGACGACGACCCCGAGACGACGACCCCGAGACGACGACCCCGAGACGAUGA